GCUUAACUCAGUCACAGGUAACAUAAAGCGCAAGUGGGUCAAUAUAGCUCGACAUAAAAGUUUAGACAGUAUUCAUGGACUGCAAAUGGCUACCGUGAUGGAAACCGUUAAUGCAGUCCAGUCAGUCCAGUGUGGGUGCUGAAGGACACGCCAAGGACUUAAGGGUCCUACUGUCCCUUCAAACACUUGAGUUCAAUGGAGGUCUGUUCUCCAAGGGGCUUAUAGCACAGCAAUUCUAUACAAAAUGCAGUGUGGAAAAUAUAAAUGCACAAAGAAGAGAUGGGCCAUAAUCAUGAUUCUGAGCAGCAUGGCUUUUGGUCUGGUGGUAGGACUGGCAGUGAUUCUGCCCGCUUCUGGAGCAGGUGCCCCGAGAAUAAACAUUAACCUGGGAAAGGGACCUGCAAGCGUUGGCCCAGGGGCUAUAGCUGGAAUUAUUAUUGGCGUUAUUGUAGUAAUCUGUCUCAUUGUGUUAGUAACUUUAAUUUUUUACUGUAAAAAGGUCCCAAGUUGCAUACAAACUGACAAUGGGCGCUUUAAAGUAUUCUUGAAGCCCAGACAAGAAAGCACGGGGAAAGUUCCCAGGAGGCCGAGAAGGCACAGGCGACCACACGACGAGCCUAAGAUAUGGGGUGAACAAGAAAUGAUCUCUGUUGUGAAGUCCGAACCUGCUGGUAAAGACGUGUUAGAUGGGGAGUUGGAAGUUGAACAAUCUCUGCAACCUAAAACUCCGGAAAAUGAGGAAAACGGCCAAGAAUUGGAAGACGAGGUAGCUCAUAUCCUGUCCACGUCGGUUGGGGGACGAUAUGAAAAGCUGGAUGAAGAACAAUCUCAGACGUCAUUUAAGGACGACAUGGGCUAUAUACAUACACAGGUGUAAGAUUAUGUGGCCACAUAUUCCAUUCAGCUACAUGUUCUAAUGUAGUGUUUCAUUUGUGUUCAUCUUCAAAUGAACGGCAUUUAUACAUUUUUCCGCCGUCAAUUACCGAUAUCUACUAAGCUAUUUCGUCGUUCUUUUUUAAACACCAUAUCCCUAUUUUUAUAUGGUUUAUGCCAAGUUUAUUAGGUGUUCAAGUGACAACACGUGAACCCUGCCUGUGUCUUCAGUGCCUUAAUCAUAGGCUACCGUCUACGUGUGUUAUUGUGAUUUUUCUACGUAGUGAAAAGGACAAAACACUGGUUUUUGUUUCGUUCAUAAUAAGUUCAAUUUAGGAAUCAAGGACCAUUUGAAAGGUCAUGUUUGGUAUUGCAUGGACAUCAAUGAUUGUCAAUAUUAGAAUAUAAUAACUGUACAUAAAACUAAAAUGAUUGAGCUGAAAACUUUAUUUUGAUAGUUUCUUACAUACGUGUGUAUCGUGUUAAGUGGAACUUUUUAUAGUUGUAUAUAUUUUUUCUAAAUGAACAGCUGCAUUCAUUUUCCGAAUGAUUUUUUAUAAAUUUAAACUUUUUACAGACAUCAAAAUAAAGGUGCUCAGACGU